AUGAUGCUUCUGCUGCUAACCGUCACCGGCUUUUCGAGCCUCCGGCUGUCCUCGUCAACUCCAGUGACUCACGUUGCACGCUACGCAGCGUCGCCGCGCAGCGUCACGAUGCAGCACGGCGGCAAAGGCUUCGGCGGUGGCGAAGCGACAAGGGAUCCGCCACCAACAGUUUACGACCCGAGCGAUCCCAAGGGUAAGCAGCAAGCGAUACACAAGGCUGAGAGCUUCGCCGAGUACCUCGCAAAGCGAGGAGGCUUCAGCGACAGCCACAAGUCCGGAGUGUGCGAGCCCAGAAGUGCGGCAGUCUCGAAGGUAGCUCCUGCCACCGCGCCAGCCUCCGGCAGCCCGUACGCGGAGCUCGCCGACGCGUACUUUGCGGACAUUCGCGACGGUCAGCAACAACAGUACAACAACGAUACUAGAAUACCCUUUCUAAUACGAGGGCCGUCGAUUGCCUUUCGGCCCGGCCGGGUCGACUGGGAGGGCGAGCACGAGCUGCUCGCUGGCGGCUGGUGCAACCCGAUGCCGCGGGGAGGGCACGGCAGGCUGCCUGGCGCCGAGAAGCCGUCGGGCUGGCAGAAGCUGUGCGGCCACAUCCGCGAUGAAGUCUUUUACCGGAUGGGCUUCGGCGACCGAGAGAUCGUGGCGCUGCUCUGCGGCGGCCACGCGAUGCUCGCGCGCGAGUUUGGCGCCGCCUUCAAGAAGCUGACCGAGCUGGGGUGUGAGGGCGUGCUGCAGCCGGAAGUGGCGGCGGGGGGACUUGCGGCGGCACGUUGA